AUGGUGCGCGUGCCGGCGUCUUCGGACGAGCACGACCACGUGGAGUCCGAUUUCCGGCGCUCGAUCAGCGCCUUCUUUCUGCAGAGCCGCUACCGGUCGGGUCAGCAGCCGCAGGUGCUCGUGGAGGCGGUGCACCGCGUGCAGAACCGGCCGCAGUGGCGGCGGUACUGCCUGCUGCGCGACGAGCUCCGCCUGCGCGAGCGCGCGCCCGACGACGCGGCGGCCAUGCGCCGCUUCGAGCGCGAGCGGCUCUACCACGGCACCGACGAGGCGACGGCCGACAAGAUCGCGCACAACAACUUCAAUCGCUCGUUCUGCGGGAAGAAUGCGACGCGGCUGGGCCACGGCUCGUACUUUGCGCUGCACGCGGGCUACUCGCUCAGGUACGCGCCGCCCGACGGGAGAGGCGUGCGGCGCAUCUACGCGUGCCGCAUCUACGUCACGUACAAGGACUCGCAGGCCUAUCCGGAGUACCUCAUCUCGUUCCGGCUGGACAAGUGA